AUGAAAUGAAAACUCCAUAAAUUGACCCACUCUCUCUCUUGCUUUCUCUUUAUUCACCUGUGUAAGCAAACUCUCCAAAAACUAAAAAAUCUCUCUUGAUUUCUCUCUCUUACUCAGAUAUCUGCUUCUUUGAUAUACCCAGAAUUUUUCUGCUACUGAAUCAGUAAAAAAAACCCAAAAGAACCCAUAAAAUAAAAACAUCAAAAACUGAAAAACCCAGAAAAAUUUCAUGGUUUAUAAUCAUCUUUAGUUGAUAAAUUUAGUAAAGUUUGAAGCUUUUUAGUGGAAAAAUCAGGAAAAAUGGGGGCUUUAGCUGUGGAAAAAUCAGGAAAAAUGGAGGCUUUAGCUAUGCCUUUUGAAAGAUUACCACUUGGGUUUAGGUUUAAGCCAACAGAUGUGGAGUUAAUCGAUCAUUAUCUUAGGUUGAAGAUCAACGGUAAAGAUAAAGAAGUUGCAUGUAUCACUGAAGUUGAUAUUUGCAGGGUUGAACCCUGGGAUCUUCCUGGUUUGUCAUUUAUCAAAUCGAUGGAUCAUGAAUGGUUCUUCUUUUGUCCUCGUGACCGGAAGUACCCCAAUGGUCAGAGGUCGAAUCGAGCUACUGAAGCUGGAUACUGGAAGGCCACUGGUAAAGACAGGAGCAUCAAGUCAAGGAAAAUGGGUUUGAUUGGUAUGAAGAAGACUCUUGUAUUUUACAAGGGGCGAGCUCCCAAGGGGCAGCGUACCCAUUGGGUUAUUCAUGAGUAUCGUACUACUCUUCAGGAGCUUGAUGGCUCGCACCCAGGGCAGGGGGCGUUUGUACUUUGUCGCUUAUUCAACAAAGCUGAUGAUGUGAAACCAGAUGAUAAUGAUGAUGGUUCUCACACUGAAGAAGUUGAAACAAACAUUUGUUCUCCUAAUCCAACUAUUAUUUCACAGGAAGACAUUCAGUCUGAGCCAGCAGUUGUUCAGGCUUCUCCUCUGUCUGUUGAACAGAGUGUAGAGCAGCAAAUGAUAUCCGAGAAUUGCGUAGUCAAAACUUCUGAUAGCACAACAUCUGAAGCUCUAUAUCCUGAUCGUACUCAGGCAAAUGUAGAGAUGAUGCAUGAGGUGGAUUCCCAUGUCAAUGAACCUAAUUACUUUUAUGAUCCUCCUGAGGGUUACUUCAAAUGGCCGACAAUGCCUUUGAACCAGGGACCUGUUGGCAUGGAUGACCUUUUCCCUGCAGACAUUGGUGAUGGUCGUAGUGAAUUGCAUUUUCAGGACAACAAUGGAAGGGAUCCCAUUGCUGACUUCCUUGAUUCUGUUCUUAUUAAUCCAGAUAUGCCCGUCUACGAGGAAGCUGUUGGUCAAGGGCCUUUAAGCAUUGGAGGUGACAUGUGGAGGAAUUCAUAUAUGAAGGAGAGUGGAUCAUGUAGUGGGUCUGAUGUUGAUGUAGUCCGGUAUCAGGGUGAUGUGGGAUACAUUCGCUGCAUAACUGGUAACAACAAGAAUUGUAAUGAUCCAAAGGGCAACAAGGAAAUUAUACAGCAACACACUUUGGCUGAUGAUGAUGAUAUCUUCUCUGAGGCUUCUCUGGAUCGAUUCUUGAACAUACCUAGUGUGAAAGCUGAAGAUGGUAAUCAGUUUGUUGGAAAUAAUGGAAUCAUUAUAAGGUCUCACAUGCGUGGAAGGCAGAUGCAGUCCUCAAACUUUGGAGAACAGGGAAGUGCACCAAGAAGAGUCCGUUUACAAGUGAACAAUGAUGAGGAAAAACACUUGGAAUUUGCAGUUACUGAGAGAAGUUGUUCUCCAGCUGCAUUUGACUUGUCUUCUACCAUUGCUCCUUCUGAGGAUGUCAUCUCCCUGGCAGAUCUUGGAGAAAAUGCUGCUGGUCAUAAUGGUGAAGUUGUUGAAACAGGGAUCAAGAUAAGAACCCAUCUACAGAGAUCUCGGUUUGGUGCCUCGAAAUCUGUACAGCAGGGAACUGCGCAUAGAAGAAUUCGCCUGCAGAAGCGAUCAAGUAAUAAGUUCAAAGUAGCUGAGGUUAAACCGUUGGUUGCUGAGGUAAGGAAUGAGUCCGAGAAAGUUGUUGAAAAGCAAUGUGCUGGUAACUCUGAUGGCGGACCUGAUCAAAAGUGUAGUUUUGUCAAGAAGUCUAUGAUGGUGCAUAUGGUUAAGGUAGUUAUGGUUGUUUUCUUGUUCAUGGCUUGCAUUGGCUUAUGGAUAGCUCGGAAUGUAUCGAUACUCUCGAGCUAAAAUUUUGUAUAUAUGAGUGUCCCUCAUAUCUUAGCCAAUCUAUAUAUGGUAAGAGGGGAAUGAUGUACAGAUUCUAGACUGGUUUGUGUUUAGGCUGUCCUUUUGUUUUUAGAGCAUCAGAGUUAGCUUGCUAAUUAUUAUAUACUACUAUCUAUAUGACAAAUCUCCUACAGUUUUUUGUA